GUUUUUAUUGAAUUCAACAUCUGGACAUUUGAAUUAGCCAAUUCAAAAAAAAAAACCAAUCAACGACUUUAUCAUUAUACAUAUUAUCUAUGGGGCUAUUGGCUUGAACAUCAAGAUCCACGUACUGAACAUUUUCGUUUAGUAUCAAUAUCACCAUAUGUAAUUGCAUUAAUAAUGUAUAUUUAUUAUGUAUUGGUAACAAAAAUUGGUCCAAAUCUGAUGAAAAAUCGUCAACCAUUUCAAUUGCGUAAUAUAAUGUUUUUCUAUAAUAUUAUUAUGGUCAUCGUGAAUGCAUAUUAUUUUUAUGAGGCCAUUUCAUAUUGUGAUUAUUUACGUGUAUUUCUUAAUUUUGAUUAUCCCGAUGAUUCGGACCGGUCACCAGCAACAUUACGGGCCAUCAAUUUAGGAUGGUGGUAUUGGAUGUCAAAAUUUGCCGAUUGGUUCGAUACAUUUUUCUAUGUAUUAAGGAAAAAACAUGAACAUAUUAAUUUUCUACACCUUUAUCAUCAUAUAUCGGUACCGGUUUUUGGUUAUCUUUUAUUGAAAAUCAAUCCAAUGGUACCGGCAGCACAUUUGUUCAUCAUAAUGAAUACAUUUGUCCAUUGUUGUAUGUAUUCAUAUUAUGCAUUAGCUGCAUUGGGGCCAAAAAUUCAACGAUAUCUUUGGUGGAAACGUUAUAUUACUGUUAUGCAAUUAGCACAAUUUAUUAUUGGUAUGAUUUAUGGAUUUUUUGUCAUCCAAUUUCAACAUGGCUAUCCAAUCAUAUGGAUGAUUAUUGGCCUGACGCAGCCACCAUUUUUUUUCUACAUGUUUUAUGGUUUCUAUCGACGAGCAUAUCAACCAAAAUCAAAUAUCAUUACAACAAAUGGUGGUAAAAUAAUGAUGACACAGACACAAGCUCAUUUUAUUAUCGAAACUGAAUUCUGUUCAAUUCGAAUCGAUACAUUUUUGAAACACAUAAUUUAA